AUGGCGCCCCCUGAUGGAGGGUGGGGCUGGGUGGUUGUUGGUUGCUGCUUCAUGGUGACGGUGUGCACACGAGCGGUGACCAGGUGCGUGGCCAUCUUCUUUGUGGAGUUUCAGGCUCACUUUGAGGCGGACUACGCGUCCACGGCGUGGAUCCACAGCUUGGUGGACUGCAGCACCAUGCUGUGCGCUCCAAUAGGCAGCCUGGUGGCCAACCGGUGGUCGUCCAGGGUGGCCGUCAUGAUGGGUGGACUCCUGUCGUCGUGCGGCCUCCUCGUCAGCUCCUUCGCUUCCUGUUUGGAGCACCUUUACUUCAGCAUGGGCGUUCUCACAGGUCUUGGCUUUGCGUUGUGCUACACGCCGGCCAUCGGCAUGGUUGGCUGUUACUUCCGCCGCAGGAAGGCGUUGGCGUAUGGCCUCGCCAUGUCGGGCAGCGGAAUUGGAACCUUCGUGUUGGCGCCGGCGGUGCAGCUGCUCAUUGAACUCUACACGUGGAGGGGGGCGCUGCUUGUGCUCAGCGCCGUGGUCGCCAAUCUGUGCGUCUGCGGGGCGCUGCUUCGGCCAAUCACGACACAGCAAAAUAAGGGGGCGGAGCUACAUGGUGAGAAAAUGGGAGGUAACACCGAACUGCCGAAGGAUAUGGAGGGCAACCUUCUGGCCGCCACUCAGCUGAAAGGGAGGCGGGUCUUCAGGUGCCACUUCCUGUCCGUGCAGGGUUACGCCUUCCUGCUGCUGCCAGAAUUCGCAGUCCUUGCGGUGUCCUUCGUCUUCCUGGCAAGCGGCUGCAGUUUGCCUUUUGUUUAUACGGUGCCCUACGCCCUCAGUGUGGGCGUGGCACACCAGCACGCCGCCUUCCUCAUGUCCAUCCUGGGCGUCCUCGACAUCGUAGGAAACAUCACGUUUGGGUGGCUGACAGACAGGAAGUGUCUGAAACGACGACGAGUGUUGUGCUACGUCUUCUCGGUCGCCAUGGAGGGUCUUUGCUGUCUGGCGGCGCCACUUCUUCGCUCCUUUCCGCUCCUUGUGCCCUUCGCCGCCCUCUACGGCUACUUCGACGGCGCCUAUGUGGCGCUGAUUCCCGUGGUCACGUCCGAUGCAGUGGGAGCCACGUACUUGUCCUCGGCUCUGGGCGUGGUCUACUUCCUGCACGCCAUCCCUUAUCUCCUCAGCCCGCCCAUCGGAGGUUGGCUCGUUGACAUCACAGGAAGUUACACAGCCACCUUCCUUCUCAGUGGCGCCGCCCUGCUGGCCAGCGCGCUCAUCCUCGCGACCGGCACGUGGGUACGCUGCCACAAGGUCGCCGUUGACGAGGGCUUCCACCACCAGAGCGGCCAAUCGGAAUGCUUGCAGGACUCCCAUCGGGAAAUGCUGCCGCAACGCAGCUGGGACAAUGACUCUCCGAACGACUCCUUCGACUCCUUUCGCCGACAGCAACAACACAAGUGA